CUCGUCCAAUUCUCAAAUUUAAGUGAUAUCCGAAAUAUUUUACCGUCAAUAAGUAUAAGUUACACCAUUAUAGUUAUUUGACUUAUUUCAAACUUCAGUGGUAAUUUUGUUGAAAGAUCAAAGUUGAUUGACCAAAUAUGUAAUUUAGUAACGAAAAUUUUGAAAUGGCGGGGAUAAUUAAAUAUCCCGGACGCGACGCGCCCCUCUCCUCAACCUGACCCCCGAAAAAAGAUCAAUCCCUAAACCGAAUUUUGGGAUCCGCAGGAAACUGCCCUGCCCUCUCUCUCGUUCUUUCUUUCCUUCCUUCCCCCUUUCCCUUUCUCCACUCUUCAGUCUCCCAGAGAAAGCGAACGAUACUUACUUUUACUGCAGCGUGCUCGAAAAGCCAACGGCCCAUUUAGGCAAAAGGCGCGCAAUUCCGAGCGAGCGACUCUCUGAUUCCUCACCCCUCUUCCUUCGUCGCUGUCAGUUUUUCUUUCCCAGUUCAGUUCCAAACUCGCUCAAUCGCUACUCUUAUGGUGAGCCAUUUCUCUAUCCUUCCAGGUGUUGUAUUCUGUCUUUUUGGGCUCUUAAUCCUGUUUCGUUUUUGUUCCUCUGAGUGGAUUAUCGCGAUUCCUGCGUAGUCGAGCUGGAAAUUUUCUUAGGAACGAUCGAUUUAGCUGUGCAUGUCGGUUUUGUUUAUGUUGAGGGCUCUUUCUGAAUAUAUGGCUAUACUAAGUUAGUGAUUAUUGAGCGUUUAAUUUUGAUAAACUAUUGGUGAUAAUUUGGAUUUAUCGUAUAGGGCGUGCGUUAAUAGUUGGGAUUGUUGAAGUGGUUUUAGCCUACAAAAACUUUUAGGUUGUGAGUUUGGUUGACUUCAGUUGAGAUUUAGUUAAGUAUAGCAGGUAAAUGAAUGUUGGAAGGACUCAUGGUUAGUCUUCCUUAUGCCAUCGUGCAAAAUGCUCAGUGUUUUCCUUUGGCAUGCUUGUGGCUAUGGUGGUGUUUUGGAUUUUGAUGUUGGAAGUUGGGCAAAUUUUAACCUUGUUGUUGUGAUCUUGUUUUUAUUCUUUUUGGGUUUUCUUUGGUUUUCCUUGUUCCAGUUUGUGUAUUUGAGUUGCAUGUGGUGGAUUUUCCAUGGAAACAGAGGUCGGAGUUGAGGGGAAUGGAGGAAGGAUGCUUCUUGAGGACGGUGAAGUCGAGAAAAUGUGCUCUCCUUCGGCCCCAUCUCAGCAGAUUCCGAAUCCCAUUGUGUACAAGCUUGUCAGGGUUGAAGGAGAUGGGAGAUUAGUACCAGCAACAGAUGAUGAAGUUAUGGAUGUAGCUGAGUUGUUUCUGGAUGACAACAUUGACACAGAUUUCAUAGAUACUGAGCAGAGUUUAGGAUGCAUCUCUGGUGAUGAAAUACAUCAACUAGAAAGCUUGGGAGGUUUUUUGCAAGCUGAUAAACUGGAUGUUGUUCCAGAAAUAAUGAAUGCACAGCUUCAGGAACCUUUCUCUGAGUUGGCUCCAGAUUUUUGUGAAAGUCUCAUGACUGAAUGUGGGAGUGCAGGGGAUUGUCCAGAUGCUCUGGUUAAGUUGAGUGAGGAUGGACCGUCAAGUCCUGUUGCUUCUUCCAUACCCGACUUCUCCAAGAUAAAGGGAGAAAUAUGCUUGGACAAUUUAUCUAUCAGAGAACUUCAUGAUACUUUUAAGGCAACUUUUGGGAGAGAAACUUCUGUCAAGGAUAAGCAGUGGCUUAAGAGAAGGAUUGCCAUGGGAUUGACUAAUUCUUGUGAUGUUGUUUCAGCAUCUAGUUUCACAAUUAGAGAUAACAAGUUGGUCGACAACAAUGUAAGUUGCCAGAAUGUGGGUGCGGUUAUCAGAAGCGAUCAACCACAUGAAGCAAGCAGUGGUGAAGAUAGACAAUUACAGAUUAUACAAAGUAGUGAACAUAUUGAUCAACCAGUAUUUUGUGACAAAAGGUGGAGGGACAGUGGCACGUCUGAAAACCCAAGAGAGACAUAUGAUAACACAGAGGAGAGGGCUGCUAAACGAGUUCGGAAGCCCACGAAAAGAUAUAUCGAGGAACUUUCGGAGACGGAAUCCAAGGAAGCCAUUGGUAGAGUACUAGCUGUGUCUCCAAGUUCCAGACCUGGUCAACCAUCCCCAAACAGUCACGCGAGGCUUGCGAGAAAUGAGUCUUUGGGCAGUAGGACUGUGGUUAUAAGGUCGGAUUCCCUUGGAGGUUGUGAGAUUCAGAUUCCAUGUGUUUGUCGAGUUCGCAGGAGCCGACCAAGGAAAAACUUCUCGACCCUUCUGAGAUUUAAUGGCCUUGAUGUGAUAACAACUGUGGUAAAGAAGACCUUCAAAGUAGACGAUGCUCCACCAGAUGACGAGAAUGCAAACAUUGUAACAAAAGCCGAAUCAACCCCUGAACAGUCUCAACCGCUGCUUGUAGAUGUACCAUAUAAAGAGAACCAGUUAACCGUGGUUGGAACAGCGGUUGGUGUGGAGCCAAAACAUGGAGAUUCUUCUGGGGAUUCAGAUGAUAACAUAGCCACUGUGCCCACCCCUAAAGGUGGAUUCCGAAGGAAGCAUCAUCGAGCAUGGACUCUUUCAGAGGUUAUCAAGCUUGUAGAAGGUGUUUCAAAGUUUGGAGCUGGGAGGUGGUCCGAGAUCAAACGCCUCUCGUUUGCAUCGUAUUCGUACCGCACCUCAGUUGAUCUCAAAGAUAAAUGGAGAAAUCUUCUCAAGGCCAGCUUUGCACCACCAGAUAAAGGAGUAGGCCCAAGGAAGAAUGCAGCCACGACACCCAUCCCUCCAACGAUACUGUUGAGAGUGAGGGAGCUGGCUGAGAUGCAGUCACUUGUCCGACCAGGCAGCAAAGUUGUUGGAAGUGUCCCGGGUGACAAUGGUCUCGAACGGCAACCCGGGUACCUGUGACCAAACUGUAAACCAGUAGCUAGUAGGAUUCUUAACCUUAGCACUGCAUAAAUAAGCUGCGGAAAUAUGUAGUUUGUUUGGUCUCUGUUCUUGCUUGGGGAAUGACUCCCAACUUUUUGCACCAUGUUUUGUCAAGAUGAAGCUUGUUGGCGGGCGUAUUAUAUCAAAGUUGAGCUGAAAUAGCCGACGACUGACUAGGUAAGAGAAGAUGUGAAGGCAGAGAUACGAUUAUAUAUCAUAUGAUCCCAAAUUAGAUAUGGAUAUUUUUUCCACCUGAGGGGGUUGAGAGUUAAGAGCAAGUUUCUUGAAUCAGCCCUUGUAGGCUGUAGCAGUAUUAUUUUGAACCCAUUUCCAAAUUCCGAGCAAAUCAUUAGUCUUUCAUGAUUAAUUGCACAGUGAGUUUGUUGUUGGCAUGGUUCGAGGUAUAUAGUCGCGAGAAGAAAAUAGGUUAGUAUGAUGUGGUUUCACCAUGGUGGCGUAUCUAUUUACACUUACUAGCCGUUUUGAUUCUUUGGAACAAAUCGAUGAAUUUAGU